AUGCUUCACAUCCCUGUUAUCCUUGGUUACCGCCCGAGAUUGGCUUACAAAGGAGAUGAAAUGUGGUCUGAGGGACGAUAUGACUAUGAAAGACUUCCAAGAGAAAGAGUACCUCCUCGAAGUCACCCCAGUGAUGGCUACCGUAGAGUAGUUAAUGUUGUGCCAAAGAAACCACCACUGCUAGACAGACCUGGUGAAGGAAGCUACAAUAGAUAUUACAGUCAUGUUGAUUACCGAGACUAUGACGAGGGCCGCAGUUUUUCUCAUGAUCGAAGAAGUGGUCCACCUCACAGAGGAGAUGAAUCUGGCUAUAGGUGGACAAGAGAUGAUCAUUCUGCAAGCCGACAGCCUGAAUAUAGGGACAUGAGAGACAGCUUUAGAAGAAAAGGUUUCUACUCCUCCCAUUAUGUGAGAGACCGGUCUCCUCAUAAAAGAGACACUCCUUUUUUCAGAGAAUCGCCUGUAGGCCGAAAGGAUUCUCCACACAGCAGAUCUGGCUCCAGUGUCAGCAGUAGGAGUUACUCUCCAGAAAGAAGCAAAACUUAUUCCUUCCAUCAGUCUCAACACAGAAAGCCCGUGCGUGCUGGUGCCUGCUACAAACGGCAGAAUGAAGGAAAGCCAGAAAGAGGUAAAGAAAGACCUGUUCAGCCUUUGAAAACAUCAAGAGACACUUCACCCUCAAGUUCUUCAGCAGUUGCUGCAUCAAAGGUAUUAGACAAACCCAGUAGGCUAACUGAAAAGGAACUUGCUGAAGCUGCAAGCAAGUGGGCCGCUGAAAAGCUAGAGAAGGCAGAUGAGAGUAACUUACCCGAAAUUUCUGAGUAUGAGGCGGGAUCCACAGCACCAUUGUUCAUUGACCAUCCAGUAGAACCUGAGUCAAAUGCAACAGAUGGCAUAGAAUUGUUCGAAGACAGUCAGCUAACCAGUCGCUCUAAAGCAAUAGCAACAAAAACCAAAGAGAUUGAACAGGUUUACCGACAAGACUGUGAAACUUUUGGGAUGGUUGUGAAAAUGCUGAUUGAAAAAGAUCCUUCAUUAGAAAAGUCUAUACAGUUUGCCUUGAGACAGAAUUUACAUGAAAUAGGUGAGCGGUGUGUUGAAGAACUCAAGCAUUUCAUUGCAGAAUAUGACACUUCAAGUCAAGAUUUUGGAGAGCCGUUUUAG